AUUCAAUGCUUUCGCAGCGAGCACAACCCCACGAUCGCCAUUAAUGGAGCUCACAAUCCCCACGCCGAUACACCCACGAGCUCCCGCGGAUACGAAGCAUCAUAACACCAUUAAUUCCCCUACCACACUCCAUGAUCCAUAGUCUCAUUAAUUUCAAUCAAACAUACAUACCGGUUGUUGUCGGCGCGGGAGGAUAUAUAUAUAUAUAUAUAUAUAUAUAUGAUGAUGAUGAUGAUGAUGCUCCAUCGCCAGCUCUCGGCGCCGCACCCGAUGACGCUCGCGGGCGCGCGGGGCCGCUGCGAGCUCAACGACGAGCUCCGCGUCAAGGCGACCGAGCUCGAGAGGCGGUUCGCCGAUUACAAGCUCCGGAUCGGAGCCGAUGGGACCGGGCCAGCGCCGCGGAGGGGCGAGAUCAGAGGAGGCACGUGCGCCGAUGCUGAUGGCACGUGCGGUGGGGAGGAGAGGAGGAGGAGGAGGAGGAGGAGGAGGAGAGGGGAGCUCUACGGAGCGUACAUGGAGAGGAGGGACGCGAGGUUGCGGGAAGGGUGGAGGACGAGAAUGGAGGAGAAGGAGGCGCAGAUGAAGGCAAUGUGGGAGAGCUUGGAGCGGAGCAGGGCGGAGAUGGCGGCGCGGUUCGGACGAUCCAGGAGCCAUAACGUCGAAAAGCGGGAGAUAUCAGAAUCCUCUGCAGAAAAGAAAACACAUGAUCUUGCUACUCCUCCAAGAAGUACCCCCUCCAAAAGGUUUUCAUUUAGUAGUAUUGCAUCUUCUUCGACACCGCGAAGCUCUAUUACACAAGUUAGUAGGCAUUCUUUUUCUGAUUCCACUAAGAGAAUGAUGCAACCUGAAUCUCCUCUAGCACAAUCAGCUUCAGCUGUCUCCAGUCCCAACAGGAAAAACAGAACCCCGUCAACAGGAAAUAACACCGCGAACUCGAUGCCUCGGUCGCGAAUAUUAACUCGAAGCAUGAGUUCAAUCAGCAACUCCGAGGGACGAACGGCACCGAGGUCCGUUUCCUCGAGAAGUGAAAUGAAAAGGGGUACAGAGUCUAAGCCCUUCCUUCGAAGAGGCAGUGGAAUUGGCGCCGGUGCCGGUGCUGCAAUGGCUAAACCGAGAAACUGUAAUGUUUUCGAGACCACGGCAAAUGAAGAAGAGACUACAGAGAUGGUUGAUCAAUGUGAUAUCGUAAGUGACAGAGAAAAGGACAAUAAUAAAGACUGUCCAAGACUGUCAGGACAUGAUUCAGGCGGUGAAAACUCGAGUUUGAGCCAAGAAUUGUACAACGAUGUUGAACCUGUGUCAGGAAAUGGGAAGGCAAAUGGAAAUAAGGUGGAAGAGUUGUCCGGAGAAAGUUCGAGAUCAUGGUACUCGAAUAUAAGUUCGUCAUUUUCAAACCAAUCGGGCAUUGUUAAUUUAUUGGAUUCUCCGGUAGGAAGUCCACCUCCAUCGAUCUCUCAAUCUGUUGAACAGUUGCGGGAGGCCGAAUUGACCCGAGUGAGAAAGAAGAAAAGGGAAAUAGCUGAGAAGCAAAUUGUGGCCUCUACUAAUCCGCAAUCGCCGAAGGAUGUGGCGAGAGGGCUCAAAAGAUUCCUCAACUUUGGGAGGAGAAGCAAGGGAAGCGAAGGCUUGGCAUCAGAGUGCGCAUCGGCAUUAGUAAAUUCUCAUGUUGACGAAGAUAUUGAAUAUGAACCCAAUACUGUAAAAAACUGCCCGUUAAAUGAUUUAAGCAAGUCGAAAGACGGAGCAUUUGCUUCUGGUUUUAAUGAUCAAAGAAAUGGUCAUGCCAACUCGUUAGAAGUUCAGUACUCCUUACACAGCUCUGUGCCUACUUUAGCUGCAAAUUUUGAUCAAAAGGAGGAUCAUUCAUUAGGAAAAUCUCCAAAAGCUCAUCGCUCUUUUUUCUCACUUCCGUCGUUUCGUAGCAAGGGAAGUGAAACUAAGCUCAAGUGAUAGGAUGAGGUCUAGAGGUUUGAGGACUUUUGAAGUUAUUGGAUUUAGUUAGUUAUCGGUCUAGAGGUUUGAAGGCUUUUUAGUUCGGAUUAAGAUUUUUUAGUCUUCUGCUUAUUUUUAAUUGAUAUUCGGAACAAUUGAAUGCAGGUUGUAUGUGUUGGUCUUAUUCUACUUCAUUACUUCAGAUUUAGAGGUUUGAAUACCAAAUGUUUUCGAUUUUGUGUA